GUGACGAGUUAAAAAUGCCAGUGAUAGAAAAUCCUAUCAUGUGCACGUAAUAUUUCUUGUAGUGUCUACACAAACAUUACAUGACGUCUCUUUGUGAAGUGCAGCUUUUAAGUAUCUCAAGUUAAAGACCAGAGAAUGAAUUUGUUACCGAAGGAUCACAGUGAGUUUGUGAAGCCAGAGUACUGGGAGCAGUUCUUCAAGAAGAGAGGGGCAAAAGCUUUUGAAUGGUAUGGAGAGUACCCAGAAUUGUGCGGAGUACUCCACAAGUACAUCAAGCCACAGGACAAUAUCCUGGUAGUUGGCUGUGGUAACUCUCAGCUCAGUGCAGACCUAUAUGAUGUUGGCUAUCACCGGAUAGUAAACGUAGAUAUCAGUGAUACUGUCAUCAGACAGAUGCAAGACAAAAAUGAACAACAGAGACCUGAUAUGGAGUUUCUGAAAAUGGAUGUCUUAAAUAUGGAGUUUUCUGAUGGAGAGUUUACUGUAGCACUAGAUAAAGGUACUCUUGAUGCAUUAAUGGUGGAUAGCUCAGAGAAAGUGGUCAGUGAUGUGGAACAGAUGUUUAACGAGAUAGACAGGGUACUUAAGCUGAUGGGACGAUACAUUUGUAUAUCUCUGCUACAAGAACAUAUCCUUGAUAAAGUUAUCCACUUCUUUUCAGAAAAGGGCUGGGCAGUGAGAAUACAUCGUAUACAUACAGAAGAAUCGGGAAACUCAGACAGAGAGUUCCACAUGCCAGUGUUUGCAAUGAUAUUUACCAAGUUUAAGAAAAAUCCAAAAUUACAACAGAUACUGGAGGUGUGUUCUAAAGAAGAUAAGAAUGAAAGAUUAGGCAGUGUAGAGGAAGUUGUUGGUCUUGUCAAGGAAAUGCAAUACUAUGCUGUUAUACGACAGAGAAUCUCAAAAAGAAAAGUAACAGAAGAGCAGUUGUCCCUGUCCCUGUACACGGAUAUGGCUGCCACUCCCAGAUAUACUCUCACUAUUGUAGACUCCACCGACAAAAUGGCCAACAAAUUUGCUAUCUUCAUAGUACCACAAGGAAGAGAGACCGAGUGGAUGUUCUCUACCAGUGCUGGUCGUGUUCAGCUGUCAUCUAGUGCUGGGUUUGAGCGUCUGGUUGUGGUUACCUUACAUCGUAAUCAUACAUACACCGAUCUGAACGCCAUACAGUCUGAACUGUCUACCAAGGUGAUGGAAUUAUCGCCACCUAGCUUCAAAACUGGAACAAAGGUAUAUGUAUAUAGUUCUUGGUAUCGGAUGUUACCUGUCAUUCAUAGAUUAUAUAGAUGUGGCUAAAGAACAUACAUUUAG